AUGGCUCCCCCUUGUCCAAGCUGGCUUUCCGCCUCAUCCCCAGCCAGGGCCUCCAUCUCUCUGCUGUUGCUCCUCCUGCUUCUGGUCCCCUCCCACCCCUACCGCGUGCUGAGGAGAGAGAGGGAUUUAUCUGAAGAGGAGGGAGAUUCUGGGGCAGAGGAUAUACCCCAAGAGGAGAAGCCACCUGGAGAAGAGGAGCUUUCCAGGGAGGGAGAUACACCUGGACAGGGUGAGCCAUCCAAGGAAGAGGAUCCACCCAGGGAGGAGGUCCCACCCAAGGAAGAGGAUCCGCCCAGACAGGAGGAUCCACCCAUGGCAGAAGAUUCUCCAGUCCCUGAAGAUAAUCAUGGUCCCCACAGGAACAUCCCAGAAAAGAAAGGCGACGACGGCCCACACUGGCGCUACGGAGGCGGCCCCGCCUGGCCCCGGGUCUCUCCAGCCUGCGGGGGACACCUGCAGUCGCCGGUGGACAUCCGGCCGGACUCCGCCUACUUCAGGCCUGACCUGGGGCCCCCCCAGCUCCACGGCUUCUCGCUGCCCCCGGAUCGGUCCCUGAAGCUUCAGAACAACGGCCACACCGUGCAGCUGACCCUGCCCCCCGGGCUGUGGAUGACCCUGGGCCUGGGGACGGAGUACCGGGCCCUGCAGCUACAUUUCCACUGGGGCGCGCCCGGGGCGCCCGGCUCGGAGCACACGGUCAGCGGCCGCCGCUUCCCCGCCGAGAUUCACGUCGUUCACCUCGACACGCGAUUUGACACGGUUGGAGAAGCCUUGGGGCAGCCCGGGGGCCUCGCCGUGCUGGCGGCCUUCCUUCAGGAGGGCCCAGAGCAGAAUGACGCCUAUGAGCAGCUCCUGUCACAUCUCGCGGCCAUUGACGAGGAAGAUUCAGAGACCUGGAUCCCAGGCUUAGAUGUGUCUGCUCUCCUACCUCACAACCUCCACCACUACUUCCGCUAUAAAGGGUCUCUGACUACACCCCCCUGCUCACAGGGGGUCAUCUGGACAGUGUUCAACCAGACGGUACUUCUGAGUGCUGAGCAGCUCCAGAUUCUGUCUGGAUCUCUAUGGGGCCCUAUGGACUCCCGGCUCCAAUGGAAUUUCAGGGCAACACAGCCUCUGAACGGGCGAAUGAUUGAGGCUUCCUUCCCUACUACUACCAUUACCAGCAAUAUGCCAUCACAUCCUAGGGACCCAACUGCUGAGCCAGUGCUUGGGAGCUCCUGCCUGAGUAUUGGCGACAUCUUGGCCCUGAUCUUUGGACUUCUGUUUGCUGUCAUAAGUGUGGCCUUCCUCCUAUAUGUGAAGCAUCAGAAAAGGCCAAGGAGUGUUGCCAAGGACAAUCGCAUCUACUACCCUACAGAGCUGACGGAGACAGCCACCUAGUCAGGGAGGCAGAUGGAGAGACUGACUCAUCUCAGAGUACCAAAGAGCUGGGGAUGAGCUCUUUCCCAACGACUUCCCCUGCAUCCCUCUAUAUUUUUUUAAAUAAAUGUUUCUAAUAAAAUGUCCCAAAAUCCCAUGUUACCAUUCAAUCUUGGGGAGUUUGGGGGAGAAUUUGGAUUCAUAGUCAUUAAGUAGUUGCUCCCAUGUCUCUGAGAAAAUACAGGAAGGGAGAUUCUACUAAAAGAACUCUUUUUAACAAGUGAGUUAGACUAAGAGUAAUAGCUAACACAUAUUGACUUAUAGCUUACCAAGUGGUCUGUGUCUGCUAUUCUCUUGAUCCUCACAAUAACCUUGUAAAUGCUGUUAUUCUUGCAUUAUGGAAAAGAGAACCAGAGCUGAGAAGACUCAACUACUAUGGUCUACUACCUAGAUAAUACUGAAGUGGGAUUCAAACUUAACUCUUCCAAGUGUUAAAUUCUGUGAUCCACUUUUUUUUUUGGGGGGGGGGUUAAAUAGGUGCAAUUCUCCUAAGCAUAUUUCAUGCUGUAU